AUGGCGGCCCCGCGGCGAGGGGAAGCUUCCUCCACGGUGCUCUCGCCGCUCGCGCUGCAGGUGUUGCUGGGUCUGAGUGGAAGGUGCUGCGCCCUGCACUUCCUGGCUACGCUCCUUCUGCUCGUGUAUAAAAGUCAGGUUUUCACUUAUCCUCACAGUUGCCUGGUCCUCGACCUGACUCUGCUGUUUCUGAUGGGGAUUCUGGAAGCGAUUCGGUUAUACUUCGGCACCAUGGGCAACCUGAUGGAGGCUGAGGUGCUGCUGGCUGCCAGCCUGGUCCUCACCGUGGGCGUCGCCCUGCUGUCUGCCUACUUCCUGCUCUGGCAGACCCUGGUGCUGCGGGUAGACUCAGCCCUCGGCGCCCUGCUCCUGGCGCUCCACGGCCUGGAGGCCGUCCUGCACGUGGUGGCCAUUGCUGCCUUCGUCAGCUAG